AGAAGGAGAAGAAAGGGGAGAAGUUGGGCAGUAAGUUGAAGCGUUGAAACGGCCGUGGUCUGCGGAGGAAGCAGCAUUGCGCAAUCAGCUUUGGCGGAAACGUGGGGGACCACAUGGCGCGGCGAUUCCGUGGAAGGCGCCUGCGUGCUCUCGAUCAAGCAUCAAGCCAGCCUACCUAAAGCUUCCGAGAUGUUGAUGCUAAAUAAAACUUCUAGCUGGUUGGGACGAUGCCAUGCGUUCUAAUUUUCACGAAGGCCGCUGGUGGAUGUCGGUAGCCCGGGGACGUGGUACAUUGUUGGAGGCGGAUGAUACGAUAGUAUCCGGAGAAGCUGUCCGGGUUGCCUGUUCUUCGUGGCGGAAAAAAAAAGACUCGUCGAGGGCAAGGGAAGAGGAGGAAGAGAGAGAGAGAGAGAGAGAGGAUCGACGCGUCGAAAGCGUAUCGAAAGAAAUAUAUGUAUACGUUUAUACAUUUUCGAGACAAUUUUUUUCUCGUGUGAAGAUACAUCAUCCGGUGGUGCGAUACUUUUCGAUACGAAACGUUGAGGUGAUAUGGGUGUCGCCCUUUUGGGCAAGUGUGUCGGUUUGUUGGCUCUGGUGCUGUUCCUCUACACCUGCUAUGCCUUCCGCAUACGCGAUCAUACGACGGGGCAAAUGGCCUUUACAUCAUCGGCGGAGCAGCCGCAUCGCGCUGCUUGCGCCUCUGCCUCCGGUAGAUGCCAGGAGAAGAGGAUCGCGGGCACGUUGACCAAGAGGCACGACACCACGGCACAGACUCAUGCCAGCAUCGCUCGAAUGAAACCACCUGCCGAGCUUGUGUCGUCGCUCGACGAGGGGGGAGGGUUGGAGGGGGUGCGCGUGAAACACGAAAAGACCGGAUUCGCGGGGGUGAAGGAUGGCGGGGCAUCGCGGAGUGUUGAGGAUCUUGAGGAGGAGGAGGAGGACGAAGAGGAGGCGAUUGUGGAGGUGGAGACUGUGGAGGAGGUCGCAUCGAGCGGUGGCGAUGAUGAAAGGGAGGGCGAGGAUGACGGCGAGGAUUACGACGGAAGCAGGGAGGAAGAGGAAAAGGAGAAAGAUGCGGAGGAUUCUCGGGGAAGAGCGAUAACGGUGAAGGGUAGGAGGAAAAUUGUGGAGGAUGAAGAGGAUGAAGAGGAAAGCGGGAAGAUGGAUUCAAAGAAAAAAGUUAGUCCGGAGAAAGGAUUGAAGGAGAUAAUUAGAUCUAAGAAGCUAGGCAAGGUAGAUAAAGAUGAAGAUGAAAAGGAAGACGAAGAUGAUGAUGAUGAUGAUGAAGAUGAUGAAGAGGAAGAGGAAGAGGAAGACGAAGACGAGGACGAAGACGAAGACGAAGACGAAGACGAGGAUGAAGACGAGGAAGAAUCGAAAGAGGUAGUUGCCACUCCUCCACCGAAAAAAUUAGAAAAAGUUAGAUACGCGGACAAAGAUAAGAUUAAAUCGGUGGAAAUUACAUAUGAUGAGAAGUCAAAAGUUGAUAACGUGAUGAAACCAAAAGUCGAUGCGAUUAAGCAAGCAAAAUUAGAGAGGAAACCAGAGGAAAUUGCAAGAAGCAAGAUCGAAACGACGAAGGCGGAUGAGAAAAAGUUGGUCGAGGGAUCGUCGAAACCGGUUGAAGCCACGAAGAAGAUCGAGCCCGUUAGAAUAACGAAAUCUGAAUCAGAAUCGUCCAAAUUGAAGAUGAAACCGGUGGAAAAAGCGAAAAUUCCGAUGAAACCGGAAGUGCCGAAGACGCGAGAACCGUCGAAAAAAGAAACGAGUCCUCAAUCUGCUCGAAUUAAAGACUCAAAAAUUAAACGAUCCGACAAAGAUGAAACGAAAGCAAAAACGAAAACGCACGUGGACGCUGCUUUCGCUUUGGCUCGAUUGAACGAUGCGAUAUUACGCGUGCCGACCUUCGUGCCAAAUUUCACAGCCAUUGAAAAUUUCGAGUGUCAGCAGCAUAUCAAAAUUUUUCUACGACAGUUAAGGGGCCACAAGUUAUGGGCGUUGCAAAUGUUAGACUCGAGUGCGAAAAUUCCAUCGGGUUUAUUGCGAGGAAAUGUAAAUCAAUUUGGAGAUUUUGACGAGUGUUUGGGCGUAAUGGCGCACGUGAAAUUAGAUGAAAAUACGAUAAAGGUCCAAGGGAAAUAUUGCUUGGCUUACAUAGACUUGUCUCCGUCUCGUCCAGACAUGAAGCUUCCUGUCAAUAUGAUGCAAGCACGUGCCGCUAUUAGAGCGAGCAUGCACGAUAGUGGUUAUUUUAUUCCAAGAUUCCAGACCGUGAAGUGGGCGUUGUGUCUUCCGGCAGCGUGCACCGCGGAGGACGCCCAAAGCAUCGUUGAACAGGCGUUGAACGACUAUAAUUCUACUGUAGGAAUUCAAUUUAUAGUAGAUGUCGAUCCUAAAAUGUGCUAUGUCAAACAAAAAUCACGAAGCUAUUCAAAAGAGACGAUCUGUGUUUUAUAUUUCUACGCGAUGGUCGUUUGUCUCGCCAUUGUAGCAACCGUGAGAGAUUAUUUGGUGGUUUCGGAAGGAAAAGGAAAUUAUUCGGAGAGAAUAAUAAUGUCUUUUUCCUUACGGAGAACCGUCAGAUCCUUAUUCAAGAAGGAAUCGGGCAAAGGUGGGAUCCCGUGCAUUCAUGGGAUCAGAUCGCUCAUCACGAUUAUGCUUUACAUUUCCCAUCAAGUUAUAACAAUCUCGAUGUUACCAUUUUCAAAUCGAAUCGAGUUCACCGAGGUGACGAACAAUCCUCUAACUACCAUUCUAAGGGGUGGACUUCUUUACACGGACACGUUUUUAUUAAUUAGCGGUACCUUAACGUCUUUCAACAUGGCACACGAGUUUAUAACACGAGGUGAGAUUCGCUGGUUUUGCCGUUUUAUUGCCAGAUAUAUCAGACUCACCCCAAUGUUACUCGUAGUGGUGUUUUGGUACGCAUUUAUAAUGGAGCAUACCGGAUCGGGACCACAAUGGAACGACAUUAUAUUAGGAAAUGCAGAUCUUUGCAAAAGCAGCGCGUGGAUGAAUUUGUUGUACAUACAAAAUUUCUUACCCUUCGAAGAAGAGUGCGCAACUCACACCCAUCAUUUGGCUUUGGACGUGCAAUUAUCGUUAUUAGCACCCAUGUUGGUAUUCUUCUUGCAAUGCAAGCCCAUCAUUGGGAUUCUCGUAAUAUUUUUCUUCAUUUUGUUAUCAGCCACACUCCGUUACAUAACAACGAUGAGUAACUAUCUUUCUAUCGUUGUUUUCCACGGAAUGUCAUUGAAACACAUUUAUAAGACUGUCAAUUUAGUUUAUAUAGUACCUAUAUACAGAAUCACGCCAUAUCUGUUCGGUGUAACGCUUGGCGUGCUAUUACGUUACACUGGACCAGAAGUAAGGAUACCCAAGGUGUUAGUGAUCUUGGGAUGGUUGAUCGCAAUGGCAUUGGCAUCGUGGUCGUUAGGAUCACCCUGGCAGUUGGCCAGAAGGGACUACGUUUACGAUGUUGUAGAAGCAACUAAUUACAUCGUGAUCAGUCCAGUCGUGUCAGCUUUGGCUUUGUCUUGGAUCGUGUUUGCGUGCUACACGAAUCACGGAGGUAUAAUAAACCGAUUCCUUUCACAUCACUGGUUAAUAAUCUUCAGCAGGAUAUCGUACGCCGUAUACUUGACCCAAUUCAUAGUAUUUUUCUACAACGUUGGAACCGCGAGAUACUCCAACGAAUUCCAUUUCUACAGAUUCUUAGAUCCGUUGGAGGCGGGCGCAACGAUAUCGAUAUCGAUCGUUCUCACUUUGCUCUUCGACCUUCCGAUGCAAGAGAUCAAGAACGUGCUGAUGGAGAGCACGGACAUCCUGAAAGUAGCCGUCCCGAGCGAGGAAGGAUCGACGAGGAAGCUCGAGAAAGCCGCGAGGCGGACGGAGGAGGCGAAGACGCGGGAGAGGAAAGCGUUCGAGGAAGACGAGGUGGCGUCGACCGGUUGGGACUGGCAACGAGACAUAGUCGACGGUGGGAGCAGGAGGUACAAAGAUGGCGAGAACGUGGAGGACGAGGAACAGGUGCACAUGCCGAUUUUGAAGGCGUCGAUCGGCCGAAGGAGAUCGUUCAUCAGCCGCGAGCCAACCGAGGCGGAGGCCUCGGAGAUCUUGGCCAGGGAUUGGGCAAAGGAUGCGAACAAGAGGUGGUCAAGGGACAGCGACGAGUACAGGGAGCAAGGGAAGAGGGGCAGAAGCGUUCAAAGGGAUUAUCGAGAGCAAGGAAACGACGUAGUCUCCGGUAGUACUUUUUCCAGGAUGCAACAGGAGCGGGAAGAAGCUGUUAAGCGAGGCAGGCGUUCGCUCUCGAGAAGUUUCGACGCUAAGAGAUUGUCAACACGGGGCAGCGAGGAGGAGGAGGAGGAGGAAGAGGAAGAGGAAGAGGCGGAGGAAGAGGAGGAGGAUCGAAGGAGGUACAGGAGAUCUAGGUCCAGAGGGAGAUCCGUGAUUACGGAAUCGGACGAUUAUCGUUCUUGGGAGUUGGUCGGUAAGGAACGUUCAUCCUCCAGGGGCCCGGAGUCUAAAAGGCUCUCGAGAAAAUCGGAGGAGCGCGAGGCUCCGCUCCAAAGACAAACAAGACCGCCACUCUCGAGAUACGGGGAGGCGAGGAGAGCUCGCUCCUCUGAGAACGAGGACGAGGUAUCCUCGCAACAGAGGAAAAUUGAAAAAAGGCAUCCGCCCGUGGAGCCGAGGAUAAGCGACGAGGAGGAUUGGGAGAGCGAGUUGAGGAUACGGAGGAAACAAUUUAUGGAGAAGCACGCGAUCCGGGAACGGGAUCCCCGUUUCGAGGACGAGGAAGAUUUAAGCUCGCCGAGAAGGAGAUCCUCGGCUGAGGGUAAGAUAGCCCUGCUGAAGGAUCCCGGCUCGGACGAUAAUAUGGACUCGUGGACGGUGAGCGUUGGAACGCGUGCCGCCGCCCAGCUCGGCUCGUCUCAAGAGCGGAGCGAGGAGGAGGAGGAAGAGGAGGAGGAUGUCGCGUACACGUUUAGGCGAAGGGAGUAUCGCGAGCGAGCGCCGCCACCGAGGGAGGAGGUGGAGGGAGAGGGGGAGGAGGCGGGGAGGAGGCCGUCUUACGCGAGCAGCAGCGAGAUGACUUCUAUGGAGGAAGACAGCGACGUAGCAGGUUAUAACUUCGUGCUGACGAAGGACAGUAGGAAAAAGUCUUUGCAGGAUCUCUCGAAGCUUGCCCGGGACGAUGACUCUGAUCUGACGGAAUCUGGAUGGAACGUUGUGAGGCAAGACAGCGGGGAAGGAUUGCCCAGAUCUUCGUCCACGGGCCUGUACAAACGCGAGUCGAUCGUAAAGAGCCAGGCCAGCGAGGAAGAUCCGGAAUAUCUUGUCGUGGAGAGACCGAAGCUCGUUCAGCAAGAACGGGAACAUCCGUUCAAGAAGGCUUGGCAGAUGCAGAAAUCUCGUUCCGAGGAGGAUGGUUCCGCGUAUACGAUCAAAGAACCGAAAGAACAAUCUAAAGCGGAGACGGCGAGAUCUAGGGACGAGGAUCCUGCGUCGAAAGAGGUUGAAAAGGAAGGCGGUGGGGAGCAGCAUUACGGGGAGGGCACAGACGCGUCUCCCGACGAUGAUACGGAAUUGACGCACAGCAGAAGCAGCGACACGGAGGAGUACACGACGAGGAGUUCGAGAUCGGAGGGAGCGGAAUCUUCGUCAACGGAGAGGAGCAAGAGUUUCGAGAGCAACAAAUUUGGUCUGAGAUCAUCGGACGUCGAGGAGGACUCCUCGAGGUCUAAUUGGCCAUCCGAGGACGAGCAAGUUUAUAAAACAAGUCCGAGGAGUAAAUUGGAGGAGACGGAAUGGAUCUGGGAGAGGGAAGAGACUUGAUGGAUUUGAAGGGACUAUCGAAGCAAGAAAAAAGAUAAUAAACGUAACUAUAACGAGGUAAAUUAUUCGCGAGGAAGUUAUCGGUUGGAUUCCUCCAGAGAAGAAUGGACGAAUUUUUCGACGAAUGGUUGGGAGAAAGGUCGAUGAUGGGUUUUGAAAGGAAGAAUAUGAAUCUUCGAAAAGUUGGUGAUCGACGAAUUGAAUCGUUGUCCCUUUGUGAGAAGCAUUAUCGAGCGAUUUUUAGAAGCAUAUCGAUUUAUAGAACAUUUUUACAAUCUGUGUAUCAUCUUUACGUGUAUUAAAAAAAGAAACGAUUCGCUCUAUAGUUCUUUAGUUGUUGGAAUUUUAAACGUUGAGAGACGAAUGACGAGACCAAAAUAAAAAAAAAAACUAUUUUUCGUUGAACAAAAGUUCAUUAUCCAUAUCCUGUUAUACUUAAUUAUGUUGUUGAAAUUUGAUGAGACGUGUUCAUUGUAAAAAUAUUGAUAAUAAAAUGAUUCUGAAGAAAUGGAAACUUCAUGUAACGAAGUUUUCUUUAUAUGUAUA